CACGCCAUAACUCUAGUGUCCGUGUUACUCACCAAUUGAGGUUCAGAUCUCUUCUGCUGCUGCAAGAUUAAAGUGGUUCUCUUCUAUUUUAUUCCUGCUGCUGCUGCUGCCGUAACUACUACUAGUUCGCGUUUAUUUCAAUAAUAGUUUCGCGGUCCGUUUUUACUCAAGAUGAAACUGAUUAUCGGCCUGUUCCUGGUUGCCACCGCGAUCGCUUAUCCCUUAGGCGAGAGCGAGGAAGCGAAACCGCAAGAGCCCCUGGUGAUUUCCGACUCCUACUCGUCAGUAUCCAAAUCAGAAGAAAUCAAACAGGACCUGAGCCAAGACAGCGCUAGCUCCAGCUCAGAAGAAUCAGCCGAGAGUUCCGAGGCCCCCAGCACCCAACUCCCCAUGAAGGAGGAACCUAAAGAGGCGGCGAAAAAAGAAGAGAAGAUGCUUGAAGAACCCGCGAAGCCCGAGCAGAAAAAAGACGAGAAACUCGAGGAACCUAAGGCAUCAAGCGAGGAAAAGAAACCGGAAGAACCCAUGCCCGAACUCAAGAAAAUCGAGGUGCCCCAAGUGAAAGCCCUUGAGCCCGAACAAGAACAACAAACGGCCAAAGUUGAAGAGAAAAUCCCCGAGAAACCUUUGGCUCUACCUGCGGCCGAGAAAAUCGAAGAGAAAUCCCUCGCGGCCGCCUCGGAAAUCAAAGAGGAGAUCCUCCCGAUCCAGAGCGAGCAAAAAGUCGAGCAACCCGCCGCGGCUGAAGAAAAAACCCCCGAACUAAAAACCGCCACCAUUACAAAAGACCUUGAGGCCACCACCAACUCAGAAAAGAAAGCGAAAUCGGACGAGAGGUCCACCGAGGAACCCCUGGCGGCGCCAUCGGAAGAACCGAAACCAGCGAGCGCGGAGGAAAAGGAACCUCUGAAGCCCUCCGAGGCCCCUAAACCAGCCGCGGAUCAAAUCGCUUCCGAUGCCAAACCGGAAGAGGUGCCGGAAGUGAAAGCGCCCGAGCCGGUUAAAGAGGAGGAAAAAGCGAAACCGGAAGAGCAAAAGGUGGCGGAAGAGAAGCCCGCGUCGAGUUCUUGAAAAACCGUUUUAGUGGAGGAAACCUGUUGACUGAUUGUAACUGGGGAGGGUCGCUUGCCCCCUUGUUCCCACCCGCGCGCACGCACUUAAUUAUUUUUUAAUUUUGUUUUCUUUUUUUUUUUUGGGGAAUAUUUGGGCUGACCGAUCCUCCGUUAAAAUAGUGCUCAACCCAGAAUGUGAAUUAUUAUUAUUAUUAUUAUUUUGUUUAUUGGUACUGUUAAUGUCCGUCGGCCCGGGCAUACGUUCGGGGUAGGGGGUAGUUAAGAGUUUUGGUACGCAAUCAUUCGGAUUUUAGCCGCUGUGAGUUUUAUUUAAUUUUUAUUUUUUAGGUUUUAAUUGAUGUAUUAAUGUGUUUGAAGCUUUUUAAUAAAGUUUUAUACAUAAA